ACAGACAUUUAUCCCUUGUACUUUGCAGCCUCCUCAGCAGCUCUCACUUCCUCUCAGUGAUUCGGGCACAGGACAGCGCCACAUCCUAAUCGUGACAUGUCUGUCGCACUGGAGUGCAGGUAGGGGGGAGCCGCGGCCUGCCCCCCUCUCCUCCCGCUUCAGGCUUCCCACCUAGGCUGAAGCCGGUAGCGCCAUCUGGAAGAGCGAGCGGCCUGUGUGGUGACAGAGGAGGCCGGGCCUGCGGAGGGCCUUCAUCGUUACCGGCGGGGCCGCAGAGAUGUGUACGCUGCGCUAGACGUUGACAGCGGUGAUUCUUCCCCUCCCCCUGACCCGGAGCGGGACCGCCGCUUCCUGCCUCCCCGGGGGACGUGUCUCGGCUCUGCCCCUCAUCAUGUCCAAGAUGCCGGCUAAGAAGAAGAGCUGCUUCCAGAUCACCAGCGUGACCACGGCGCAGGCGGCCAGCAGCAUCACGGAGGACACCGAGAGCCUGGACGACCCCGACGAGUCCCGCACCGAGGACGUCUCCUCCGAGAUCUUUGACGUGUCCCGGGCCACGGACUACGGGCCGGAGGAUGUGGUGGAGAGGAGCUCGUCCGAGGAGACGCUGAGCAAUGUGGUGGAGGCCGAGACCCCCGGCACCACGUCCCCCAAUGUGCCGCAGGAGGCUACACCCACCAGCGUGGCCCCGGCCGCCUCCCCCUCUCCCGCUGCCAGCACGGCCGCCUGCAGCUCACGUUUCCGAGUGAUCAAGCUGGACCACGGCUCCGGAGAGCCGUACAGGCGGGGCCGCUGGACGUGCACGGAGUUCUAUGACCGGGACUCUGACGGCACUGUCAUCACCAGGACUGCGGACUCCCUCCGGCACUACGAGCACGCCACCGAGCGGGACAGCGGCCUGGGGGCCACGGGGGGCUCCGUGCACGCGGCCCACGGGCCGGACUCCAUCGCUGACACUUCCCUUACUGCUGUGUCACAGCUGCUGCACCCGGACAAGAUGACCCAGUGCUCCCGGCAGCAGCCUGUAGGGGGAGCAGUGCCCCAAGGUACCGCUCAGCCCCAGUAUCCUGGUGCCCCAGGCCAGUCCUACAUCCAUGCACAGAGUGGGCUCAAUGGCAUGGGCCCGGCACCUCAGAAUGUAGCUGCAGCCCAGACCAAUGCUCCUGGAAGCCAACAGUUCACCUACUCCCAGCAGGCCCAGAUGCAGCCUGGGCAUAUGAUGGGCACCCAGGUCUCUAGCCAGGCUGACUAUGUGCAACAUCUAUCCAGUCAACUAGCGGCAGGUUCCGGGGCCCCGUCCAGUCUUCCGGGCCAGCAUUUGCAAGCAGGUGGAGCUCAAGUUAUGGGCCUUCAGUCGAAGCCUGGUGACUCGGUGAGCCCGGGGUCAGGACUUGUGCACAGUGCAUCAGCUCCCCAGAGCCAUCCAGUUCAUAUGCAACAAGCGGGAGGUGUGACGUCUGUUGGGGGGGCGCAACAGAAGCCUAUGACAGGAAGUAGUCAGAUCUCAAACAUUCCUGGUGGACACCAUGCCGCGACCCCUGGCUUGCACAGCGCGCCCACUUCUGGGGUUUCUGGAAUAGCAAGUAGUGUGCCUAGUGUCUCGGCUACCCCUGUUACUAUGCCAAUCGCUCCUUCGACUUUUGUACAGUCUCCAUUGAGUAGCCAUACUUCUGUCAGUAGGAGUAACAGCUUGAUCCCAACAGUUGGGCUUCCAUUUCUGCAAGGUACAAGCAAUGUACAUACCAGUAUGCCACAGUCCACCGUUAGUCAAUUUCAGAGCCAGCCCAUGGCUGGUCAAAUCGAUGACCGAAGAAAGUCGGAACCCCUACCUCAUCCGUCAAUCCCUUUGAUUUCUGAGAAGUCUUUUGUGAAAGUUCCCAUCAUGGACCCUCUAACAAACCCUCUUCACUUACCCGUAUUUGGUUUAUCUCUCCCUGUUGAUGGUGAGGAUGACAGGAAUCCUUCCUCCGCUUUCUAUGAGGCGUUUCAAGUGAAGUUCCGUGGGUCAAAGAGACUGGGUGAUAGCUCAACGAGUGCGAAUGUUGUAGCCAUCGACAACAAGAUAGAGCAGGCUAUGGACCUGGUUAAAAGCCAUUUGAUGUACGCAGUAAGAGAAGAGGUGGAAGUCCUAAAGGAACAAAUAAAGGAAUUAAUAGAGAAAAACUCUACACUUGAACGUGAAAAUGCACUGUUAAAAUCCCUUUCUAACAGCGAUCAGCUGUCUCAACUUUCGACCCAAGUGGGUCUUGGCACCUGUCAACAGCCUCCUCCAGUGACUACAGCUCCUCACACCGCUCCACAGACCGCACACCCCCCGCAGCAACCGAAUGUUUCUUCGGCAUAAAAGUGUACAAAAACUGCUUUCUUGCCUAGUUCAGAAAUCUGAAAGCAAUCUGUCCUUGUGUGCCACUGCUGUUCUUUCCACUUUUAAAAACGAGAAAAAAAGAGCAAGUAGCCAUGCUUCAUUUGUGUGUGUUGGCCUUUUCAGUAUUAGACAAUCGUACUCCCCGAUCUCUCGCGCCGAGAGAGGUGAUACCUAUUGCUUUGCAUAUCAGGCUUUUAACACAAUCGAACUGUAAAACCUAUAGCUCUCUAGUUAGUGGCAUCUACAUAUGCACAUACAGAACACAUGCAUUCUCUGAAUACUGACAAUGAAUGUGUGCAAGGGGUCAAGAGCAGCACUUUAUGUUCUAGAAAGCAUGGGAAAAAUGCAUGACUUGUUAUAAAUGCCGCCACGUUGUUACUAAAGCCCUUUGUCGUUAUUAACGCUGAUGAAAUGCAUGAAUAAUGAUGCCCCCAGUAUCCGUAACUUGACGUUGAGAUCCUACUAUCAUGGAAAAUUAGUGGUGGACGUCCCCGCUUCUAUUAUUAUUAUUAUCCAGGACAGCCUAUUAUUUAAGGAGUGUAAAGCAAGUCGUCUAGACAAUCUUAGGAGCCCAUUUUGUAAUAGUGAACAUCUCGGUUGUUUUCUUUUUUUUUUGUGUAUUGGGCCUCGCUUCAUCUGCCUCCUGCAGCAUUUCUUUAAUAUGAGAGAACAUAACUGUAACCUAGAUUGCUCAGCAUAUUUAAUGUCCUACAUUGACGCGCUUGUUGGCUUAAAGAAGCGGCAUGCCAUUUUCUGCUUCUACGUUAGGCAAAGUCUAUAUAAGCCAAUCUAUUGUUUAUGGACUAGGUUGCAACGCCCUAUAUGGAUGAUUGAAGAAGGUUUUCUGUAACAUAAACUGCUGCUUGAGUUGAUGGUUAGGGUCUGAUAUCCAGCAAUGGGUCUCACUGGAGUUUCGGUGGCUCUCUCCGAGGACGUGUUUAUUUUUUUUUGUUUGUUUUUUUUCUUUUAAGAAUAUACCCUGAGCCAUGUUUUGUCAAUUCUACGUAAGCGAAACUAAUCAUUGUAUUCCUAGCGAGAGCCACCGUUCUUUAACUUUUUUUUAUUUGCUUCUGUUUCAUUUAAAUGUUUGUUUUAUUUAUUACAGGGCUGCUAUUUUCUUAAUAUGUAUGAACAAUGUCACAGACACUCUUUUAUUUUAUUUUCCUUUUAUAUAGAGAAUAAAUGUAAAUCAUAAAUAGUACAGAAACAGGAUUGCAUCCAGUAGGGCAAUAACAGAGCAUACGUAUCCCGGCCUAUAUAUGUAUAUCUAACACUAACAGCAAUCUUACUUUUUUUGGUAUUUAUUUUACAAUAUAGAAAAGAUCCAGUUUGAAUGUAAAUUUUGUAAAGAGUAAGUAUGAAAACCUAUUGCACCUGUACAGGAGCGCGACAGUUGUGAUACUAAAAUAAAUGAUAGAUUAGCUAUUUUGAUGAAGAAACUUUGUUCAUUUCUCUUCUUUCCAAAUAUGGGAGGAAUAAAUAAAAUAAAAAUGCCAUGAUUCCUAUGCUUUUUAGAAAAUUUAUGUGAAUUUAUAAUUUUUUUUUUUUUUUAGGGUGGGAUAAAAAUAAAACUGUGAAAUUGUUCAACCUACUUUGUAACCAAAGAAGCAAAGCUGUGUAAUUUUUUUUUUUUUAUUAUUAUUAUUAUUUUAUGCACAUCCUCUAUAUUUUUAUUCAGUGUUCUGUCAUUCACAUUAUUUUCCUUUUUUGCUGUUUAGCAUGAUCUGCAUGACUUAUUAUCUCUGAACCACUUUUGUACCUCAUGUUUUUGUCCAGCACUCUUAUUGUAUAUGUAAUCUGUGAACUGCGUCCAAUAAACAGAGCAAACAGCUGGUGUCGGUGGAGAUGAGCUAGUGUAAAAUGUGCACUAGUCAAAUGAGAAAGGAAAAAAAAAAAACUUAGUGAGCCAUCUUUUGUCAUUGAAAAUGGUGUUAUGAAUUUCGUAUGCGGAAAACGAAGUUUUGUUACAUUGCAGAUUUUAAUGUAUUUAAUAAAUUCUACAUGCAGAUUGAGUGCAGUGUAUAAGGCGUAUUUAAAUUGAAUACAAAUGUACAUUUCAUAAAUCUGCAAGCACAUGUUUGUUUCUAGUCAUACACAUCUGUCCAAUUAUUGUAAAGAUAUCUAUUUUAACACCCUUUUAUGAAAUUAUUAAAUUGCAGUUUUGUUCAAA